AUGCAAGAAAAAAUUAAAUUCUUAUUUAAAUUUAAAAAAGCGACAAAAAUGUCAGACAAGAAUCCAGCUAAAAAAGAGCCAGAACAGUCUGACACAAAUGCAAAAGAAAAGCCUGAAAAUGAUAUAUUGUAAUUGCCCGAGGAUGGCGCUAUCUUGCGCCAUCCUCGGGCAAUUUAAAAAAUGACCCCACACCGGGAAUCGAACCCACGUGUGGGGCCAUUUUUGGUGCGUGGAAGUCGAUGUUCUCCACUAACUAAAAAAUGGCCCCACACGUGGGUUCAAUUCCCAGUGUGGGGCCAUUUUUGAAUUGCCCGAGGAUGGCGCAAGAUAGCGCCAUCCUCGGGCAAUUACUAUAAAUGAAAAUAAUCAGCCCAGCAAUAUUCGUAUGAAAUUAGGAGACUACAUGGUUCAUAUUUUCAUUGAGCAAGGGCGCGCUUUAAUGCCUCCUGGCGGUGCAGAUACAUCUGAUCCUGUUAUCGCAGUUACUGCUUUUAAUCAACAAAAAUCCACAAAGGCGCUAAACGAUGUAGGUGGAUCUUCAAUUGUGUAUUGAGGAGAGCAUAUUUUUAUUGAAGGAAAAAAUAUCCAUCCUGAAGAAUUUAAAGAUCAAAGGAUCACAAUAGAAGUUCGUGAUCACAAUAAACUAUGAAAAGAUGCUUUAUUAGGAGUUCAUGAAAUUGAUAUGGUCUACAUUUUUUAUUUAUUGAAAAUUAAAAAAUUAUUUUUUAGCAAAAUAUUAUAAAAAUCAUGGUCUACAUAUACUCACAAAAAGACCAUGCAAUAAUUCAUAGAUGGGUCGUCCUUUCAAAUCCAGAAGAUGAAAAUUUUGACGUUGUCAGAGGAUAUUUAAAAAUUGGGGUUUCUGUACUUUAUGAAGAUGAUAAAGCUGUUGAUUUAGCAAUAAGAGAAGAUAUGAGCAUAAAAGAUAAAGAAAUGCUACUGCCUCCACAUGUAAAACCAGUUACAGUACAAUUGAUAACUCAGAUAUUAAAAGCAGAAAGUUUACCUAUCAUGGAUACAGGAGGGACCCUUGACGCAUACUGCGUCGCAAGAUUUGCGGGGGCUGAAUCUAAAACAAGCACACAAGCUGCAGACAAAGCUACACUCAGUGCAUAUUGAUAUGAAGAAAUUUAUUUACCUGUUUUGGUGCCAUCUGUUACCAAUACAAUGUCAUUGACAUUUUGGGAUUAUGAUAGCACAAGCGCAGACGAUUUAGUAGGAAGUGUUAUAUUCAGCUUUGAUAAAAUCAAAAGAGGGCUUUAUAAUUAUUUUUUUUUAUAUAUAUAUUUUUUUCAAAUUAAUCUUUGCAGAGAGAAAUUUUUUUUUUUUUUUAAUAAAAAAUACAAAAGCCUUUAUAAAGACUAUUUUUGGGCAAAUAUAUAUGGCGCACCUCCUCUAGCUGAAGGUGAAGCUGCUGAAUUCAUGAACCAUGUCCCUCAGCACGCAUCUACAUGAAGAGGCCGAGUUUUGCUUCGUCAAUGAGUCGAAGAUGGCGUUUCUGAAACUUACAAAAAAACCCAAAAAAUUUCAGAACCUAACAUCCAAAUAAAAAUCCGAGACACUUUUGAAGUCGGCCAAGAAUUCGAAAUUCGUGCCCAGAUUCUCAGUGGAAACGCUUUACCAUUCAAAAAAGGCAAAUAUUCUGUCGUUGUAAGCUGAUCUGGUGUAGAAUCAAUAUCAAGUCUCCAGCAGACUGAAACCGCCUCAAUUGACUGAUAUGAAACCCUAAAACGUCAAAUCUGUAUGGUCCCAAAUUUAGCUGAAAAAGAUUUGCCUGAUGUUUUUAUAUAUUUAGUAUAUGAAGACAAAAGAAUUUGCUAUGCCAGGAUAAAACCAUCAGCCUGUAUAAAUAAAAACUCUCAGGCAGAAUGGGUAUCUUUAAUUCCUGAUAAAUCUAUCGGUAAAGUUAAAGAAAACUGAAAGGCUGGAUUUUUAAGGGUAAGGAUUUAUAUUGGGUUAUUUGAUAAUGAUAAUGAUGAACUGAGAACUGGGAAUUGGGACCAAAAAUUAAUUAAGCCAAAAAUGGAGGAUUGGGUGCUGCUUGCACAUGUUUUUCAAGCUAGAGAUUUGCCAGCUGCUGAUGGGGUUGGACUUUCUGAUCCUUAUUUAGUCAUUUAUUGUGCAGGGGUGGAAGUUAGUACAAAAAAUAAACCAAGAGAGCAAACUUUGAAUCGGAGAACUGUUAAACUUGCUCUAAAGGUGCUAAUAAGCGCUAAAAGAUUAGCAAAGGAAUUAUUUUUUGGCAAAAAUUUGCUAAAGCAAGCAAAAAAACUUCAAAAAAAGCCAAAAAGUGCCAAAAAUGUGUCAAAUGCUUGAUAAAAUCGCUAACAGCGAAUAAAGUUAUAAAAAUUGUUUUAUAAUAAAAUGGUGUUUUGGAUAAGUUCUUUCAGAGAACUUUUCUUCGCAUCCUAUAUUUAUUAUGGGAUUGGUUUUGCCAUUAAACCUUUAACUAAUUAUACUAUAAGAAGCCAAGAGGCAGUUCAAAGCUUCAAAAAUAAAGCUAUACAGAGAAGAUAUUAAAUGAUAUAGUAUAUAAAAUAAAUCUAUUUAAUUAGCAAGUGAAAAUUUGUCUCAUUCUUAAAAAAAAAUUCCAAAAAAAUACACAAAAUAGAAUACUUUAUAGUCUUAUUCUAUUCAAAUAAAAAUAGAGUAAUAAAACAUCAUAAAAUGAAUCAUUUGGCUAUGAAGCUUCAAAAUUAACUGUAAAAAACUGCUAUUAAUGCUUUAUUGAAUUAGAAUGCUGAUGUUGAUAGAUAUUUUUAUUAAAAUAAAAAUCUAGAUAUAUAUUUUACAUUAAAAACAUUUAUAGUCAGUGACACUGACUGGCACGGGGUGCUUUUGGCUCGAAACUGAGCCAAAAGCACCCCGUGCCAGCCAGUGUCACUAACUAUAAUUGGUAUUGUUGGAAUUAAAACUCAAAAAUCUUAAUAUUUGGGAUUUCUAUUGUAAUCUCACUCUUUUCUGCUUUCUCUGUAUCUUUUAAUGCUAUUGAAUAUAGUGCAUGCUAUCGUGUUCGUAUAGAAAUCAAUUGUUUUAUACUAUGCUUUUAUUUAGAGUUUGUGCAUAAUUAUCGAAACUGCAAGUAUAAAUAAUAUAAAAAAACUAAGGCUUGUUUAUAAAUUCACAGGAAUUAGUCUUUAUAUUUAUUCAAUAUUAGUUAGCACUGAUUAUCUAUGAUUUUUCAUAAGCAUUCAUUUUUAUAUAGUCUCAUCAAACCAAAUUUCGUGCAUAGUAAUAUUAAAAGAUCUUAUCUUAGAAGGAAAAUUUUUGAAUUUUUAUUUUUUCUACGAAAAGAUUAUUUUAAAGAGAUUUUGCAAAUUUCUUUUAACUUUUCAAUAUAUAAAGAGCUUUUCUUCUUAAAUCUAUAUAUACUAUGAUACAAGAAAAUACGUUGUAGAGCUCUGCUCAUAUUAAAUUUUUAAUAGUUUUUUUUUGGACAUUUUUUAAAGAAAAAGCUAAAUUUUGCUAUUUUCGGCACUGUUACCGAUUUUUGCAAACAUUUGCCACAUUUUUGGUGUUUUUUGACAUUUAAGCUUGUUUUAGCAAUUCUUGGCAAAAAAACCAAUUUUUUUGCUAUCAUUUUACUUUUUCAGCACCCUUUAGCGCAAGUUUAGUAAGUUCUCCCUUUGAAUCCGAGGUGAUAUGAAACUUUCCCAAUGCAAAUUAGGAUACCUACAAUUGAAGAUGCACCACCUGUGAUACUUUCAGUUUUUGAUUAUGAUGUAAUUUUGGGUAUUAUUUAAGAUAAUAAAAUUACAAAUAGUUUUGUCCCAAUGAAUCCCUAUAAACUAUUAAACAUAUUUUAGGUAUUAUUCCACAAAAAUCUACAAAACUAUAAACAAUAUUACUUUUCGAUCCAACUAAACUCCAAUUUCUUCUUCAAAAUGAGCCAUCUUGAAAAAGGAAAAUAGCCUGUAAAAUAUUAUUUUAAUAUUUCAAUAAAUACCCGUAAUUUCAAAAGACGAUAUGAUGGGACGAGCAUUAAUCAAUCUAUCUGAUGCUUCCUUAAAUACCGAAAUUGUCGCCAGGCCUAAAUGAUAUCCUAUAAAUCUCGGCACCCCAGAAUCCGAAAAAGGUGCUAUCCUCUGCUCAUUUACCUUAGCUAGGCCAAUGUCAGUGCCAAGAUUUAACAUCACUCCAAAAUUUGUAGACAAAACAGUCGAAAUAAAUAUUCUUGGACUAAGAGGCUUAAAGCCUGCUGUCGGCUUUUUGCCUGUCAAAAAAGCUUUUGUAAGAGUUGAUUUAAAUUCUUUAGAAUUACCUGAAGUGUCCCAAGGUGUCAAAUUUUUGCAAACUCAGCCAUUUGAAGGUGGCUCAGACCCUAAUAUAAAUUCCACAUUAUCAUUCCGUUGCAAAAUACCAGAAGAUCCAUUAUACGCCCCAGUACUUACUUGUACAGUCUGUGACAAUUUAUUUGCUGGGCUCUCACAGCCGCUUAUAGGGACUUUUAGCAUUGAUUUAGGGAAAUAUUCUUCCCAAAAGAGCCGAAAAUCACAGCUGCUGCUAGACCAGUUUAUGAGGGUGACUACAAAUUUAACCCAAAAUCGCCCUGGGAUUGAAGAAGAAAAAAUUUCUGUUGAGCCAAAAUCUGCAAAAAACCAACCAGAAAUCCUAGUCCCUCCUAAAUUUGAAGCUGUUGACCUUAGUGACUAUGCAGAAACUGAAGCAAAACAGGAUUUUAAACAUUUAGUCCCUAUAAAAGCUGCUAGAAGUGACGAAUAUAUGUCCCCAAAAGGCUAUUUUAAUGUCAGCCAAGAAGAAGUCGAGCUAGAAAUCAAAGAAGAUUUUACGAAAUUCAGCGAAAAAGUUAUCACCAUUGAAGAUGCAGUAAAUAAUAGACUUAAAGACUUAAUAAAUAAUAUCAGCGGGGUCCUGAGCGACAGAUAUGCAGUUGUUAGGUCCUUCAAAUUGUACCACCUAAACCUAGGUUUAAGUGGUUCACCUUGGCUGAUGCCCUAAGGACCAGGUCGAAACUCUGCCCCAGCUUAUACGCAUGCGAGACAAAAACUUCCCAGAGGGAGUCUCCGGAUAUUGUGCUGCAACAGCUUCUCUUUGCGCGCCAAGGAGCAAUUAAAUUUACGGGGAACCUACCAUGGAGUUAUUUUGCCGAUUAGCUUAAUCUCCCUGCUACCUGGAGUCAGGUAUUGUGAAUAGGAGUCCAGGAGUUCCCCUGAACUAAAUCUCUGAAUUCUACUUCAGCAGCUUUCACCAAAAUCGGUAACCCUUGCUGAAAAACGGCGAUUAGAUCUCUUUCGUACUUCCCCAUUUUAAUUAUGGGUAAAUAAUAACAAAAUUGUUAUCAUGCCACAAUAUAAAGAAAAUAAGUCCAAAAAAAUGAUAGAAAUCUAUCCACCAAACCCUGAUAAUUAUUUGUGUAUAGGCUAUAAUCGUGAACAAAAUGAUGGGAAAAAGCAUUAUCGGUAUUAUUUGCAUGAUGAGCUGGAAAAAACGCCAGCUUUUCAACGGUCGGCGUUUGAAGAGUUUGAUAUUUUAAGGGGUGCAAGCAGAGGUGUUGAUGAAUUGCCUACAUUGCAUAGUACACAUCAAGAAAAAGAUGGCCAAAAAUCGACUGUAGAAUGUGUAGGAAAAUUUAAAGCACUGAUAAGGGUAAUUGAUUAUCCACCUAAGUGGCAACCGUUUGGAUAUCUGACAGGAUUAAUGGGGAAUAAGGAUUUUCCUGAUGAAGAUUCCGAUUUUGAGACUAUUGCAAGGACUUUAUUGGUGAAAACCCAGUGUGUGGUAAGGGUUUAUAUAAUUGAUGCUAUGAGCCUUGAACAAAAAGACGCUUUUACUCCCCUUUUAAAUUGGAAAAAAAAAAUUCUAGUGAUUUUUUUUUGAAAAAUCAUUAUAUAGUCCAACAAAUUCCUGGCAAUUUAAUGUCGUCUGGGCUAUAUUGAAUUUUUCUUCAUGAUGCAUUUUAAAAUAUUAAUAAAUUAUAAAAAAUAUAAAAUUUAAUAAAAAAUUUUCAAUUUUAAGUUUUUUAAAAGAAUAAUUAAAAAUUAAUCGACUCAAAGCGUCAUGUAUAUAAAAAAUGGCGUGGUAUAGCCUGACUGGAAAAUUCACUUUUGAAUUUUCGGGAAAAACAACCCUACUUACGUACGGUAGGGCGACCCAGCAUCUUUGCCUUCAGGUUGUGGGUGCAAGCCAUCGUCAGGAGGAAGCAACAGAUACCUUUAGGCCGUGCAAUCGGUCUGGCAAGUAAGAGAUCGAAGCUAAGCAAGGAUGUGAAAAUCCAGCAUGGCUAGCUGGGUGCUACUCGACAAUAAAUUAAGUUAAGUUAGAGUCAAUAUGCAAGCGUUUUAAAUAAUAUUCUAGUUACAAUUCUCCUAUUAGAUUAAUUCAAAGCUAUAUAUAUAAAAAUUAGUAUUUUCACUAUAAAAUUUACCACUUGCAAUAAUUUUUUGUUCUCUAGAAAGAAAAUCGAGAAUCCUGCUGCUGUAAUUUGCUUUUUGGCAUUUAAUUUACUCACAAAGUGUAAAUUUUACCGAUGUUUUACUCCAAUUAAAGGAUAGGAGUUAGUAAAUCAGAUCCUUAUUUUAAGCUAAAACUCGGAGGAAGAGUAAUAAAUAACCGAGAGGAGCACCAAGAAGAUGUAUGUGACCCUAAGUUUUACAAAUGCUAUGACUUCGAGACAACAAUCCCCGGACAGUCUUUAUUAAAAUUGUCUAUGUGGGAUUAUAAUAAAGUAUUCCCCGACUCUAAAAUCGGUACCACCAUUAUCGAUAUUGAAGACCGAUUUUUCAACAAAACAUGGCGAUCCCUAAAAGAAGUCCCAAUCGAAACCCGAGCUCUCUACCUAGCUGCUUCCCGGCGGCCUCAAGGCUACGUCCGUAUGUGGGUCGAAAUCCACUAUAACACAAUAAUCCCUGACCCAGUCGACAUAAGUCUCCGUCCUCCAGCUAGUUUUGAAGCUCGCCUUAUUAUCUGACGUUGCGAAGACGUCGAAAACAUGGACUUUGAAGGAGUCAGCGACUUAUUCGUCCGUGCCUGGAUAAAUCAAGAAAAAGACAAAGAAACAGACACCCACUACCGCUGCCAGCGCGGCAAAGGGUCAUGAAACUGACGUAUGAAAUUCCCUAUUUCGCUUCCCCAGCCUGAAAAUACCGUCACAAUUCAAAUAUGGGACCGUGAUAUUUUUUCUAGAAAUGAUUUUAUAGCAGAAACUUCUUUUGAAUUUAAUGAAUUAGCUGCAGCUGCUAUUGAAGAAAAUCGAAGAAUUAAGAAAAAAGGCCCAGCAGAAGGGUGGAAGGAUAGAGUUUUAAAUGAGGAAAACGAAAAAUUCUGGGUGAAUUGUAAAAAAAGAGGAAAAGAGGGAGGAUUUGAGGAUGGAGGAAAGGUACUGAUUAGUUUUGAAUUGGUGCCAGAGAUGAGGGCACAGGCCUGUCCUGUUGGAGAAGGAAGAAAUGAGCCAAAUGUUGAUCCUAAAUUGCCGCCACCAAUAGGCAGGUUUGAAUGGUCUUUGAAUCCUCUAAAAAUGAUUAGCCAACUUUGUGGGCCUGAGUUUAAGAUGAAAAUUUGUCUUGCGAUUUGUUGUGCAUUGUGCUGUAUGGCGAUGAUUUUUGUGUUUCCGAUGUUUAUUUCGAGCGUUAUGUCGAAUUUAGUUACAAAAUAA